AUGUCUAAGCUGAGCCUGGAUCUUAGAAAACAAGAGAGACCUUCCAAAUAUAUGGUGGAGCAGAUUGGAAAGCAGUCUCCACUCCUGACCUUAGCUGAACUUCAGCCUCCAAAAUUCCUCCCCAGGAGGCAGCCUGUCAGCAUGGAGUUUGUGAACAGCAACAUCCAGCCCGGGAAGGUGGUGGUGUUCAUCAAGCCCACCUGCCCCUACUGCAGACAGACCAAAGACUUCCUCAGCCAGCUCUCCUUCAAACCAGGGGCUUUGAUAUUUGUCGAUAUCACAGCCACCGGUGACACAGAGAGGAUUCAAGACUAUUUGCAGCAGAUCACUGGAGCCAGAACUGUACCUCGAGUCUUUAUUGGUCAAGAGUGUAUAGGUGGAUACACUGACCUCAUGAAUAUGCAUCAACGUGGGGAACUGUUGAUGCGGCUAAGGCAAAUUGGAGCUCUAUAGUAAUUACAGAGCAGACCCCAGGCUGGUAUCUCCCUGGCCAGCUGGAUGGCAUCGCGAAUGACGCAGCAUUUCCUGGCGGAUGCCCUGGGGCCACCUGUACUCGCUACAGCAACUUUCUCCUUAAUAUCCUGAAAUAUCGACACCAAAAAAAAUGGAGGGGGGCAGUUUCUUGGCCAAAACAGGCUUUUCUUCUUUUGACUCUCUUCUUUUGACUCCACUUGCCACAAACCACAGGUUUGAGAAGGUUGAUGGACAUCUUGGGUUCCUUCCAGAUUGGCCCUUGGGUUCCAACAGAUCGCGACAAGUUACGGCUCAAGAUUCCCUCACUGACCCAAGAAAGUUCUUUCUCUUUCGCCCGUGGUCUCACCAUUCCUCGUGUGCCAGGACUCUCUGCCUCUUCGCCAGUGCUUCCCACAAGGUCAUCCCAGGCCCUGGGAUGAGUCUAGUUCAUUGUAUGCUACUGCCCCAAAAUGCUAUAGAGUUUGAAUUUAUAGAGUUUGUAUUAUGAAAUCAACAGGUAUUUUAAAUGUGCUUCUUCAAACUACAUGCGUCUCCCUCAUCACGUCUUGAGACUCACUGCUCUGAAUCAGUGUUCUUAACCCUGACCACACACAGAGCUCAUAGGAAACGCUCAACAAUUCUGAAGGGUCUGAGGACCAUCUGAGAAACACCACAGGGAAGUUAAGCACCGGGUCUUCCCCUGGUGCUUCACGGCUCAGGUGCACCUGCAGAUGCAGCUCAGGUGCACCUGCAGAUGCAGCGAUCCUGGGCAGCACUGUUAUGUGGGGUGAUCGCCCAGGUACUCCGGAACAAUGUGUAUUAACAUAUUUAGAUUAAAAACAAAAGUUAAACAAAUUCGAAACAUUAUCAUAAAAAACUUGCAACCCCUCCCCCAAGAAUGUCUGUGAAAAUGGUCGAAUUUGAGAAACACUGUCUCAAAAGAACUUUUUAUUCCCCACUCUAUGAAACCUUAAGAAUCACUCAUUGUGAAGUUUGUUCUAGAAUCACAAGAUUAAUUUUUUUGUUGUCUCUAGUGUGAAAGGUAAAUUUCUUUUGUAAUAGAGAAGCAGUCAUAGAUGACAAUGAUUUCUUUUUGUCCAAUUCUUUUCUAUGUUCUCAAGUCCUUAAGGAAUGAUAUUAAUGUGACCCCAUCAAUUUGAAGCUUUAUUUGUUUGUCCCCUGCCACCAUAAAUAAAGGCACAUUACUGCCCUUCAC